AUGCGCGUUACUCAGGUUAUCGCUACUCUUGCGCCACUUGGCCUCGUCGCUGCCGGUCCUUUGCAUAAUCAUCAGCGCCAUACUCAUCUUCAUCAUCUCCACCAUCGUUCGGUUAAUGGUACUCUGGACUCCAACUACACUACAACAGAUACCGCCAACUCAACUAUCUACGCUGAUCACAUCGUCUACGCGACUUCCACAGUCAAUGUUGCUGCUAAUUUUGCUGAUGGUAUUGAUUCAAGUUCGGCCAGCUCGGAGGCAGCUUCCAGUAUCAUCUCAGAAUCAAGCAGCAUCUCCUCAUCCUCCACUACUGCGCAGUCAGAAACUGUCUUCUCAACUCUGUCAUUCACUUCUGAUGUUUCGUACGCGAGCGGGUCUCCUUCGAACUCAUCAUUGAUCUCGAACACUUCAUCGGCUAUUCCUUCCGACGCAUCUGUUUCUAUUAUCCUCGCCGUCGCAGCUACUACACCUACUGCUGUUGGCGCACUCUCUCAGAAGGUUGAUACCACCACCAGCAUAUCUGUCGAUACUGUCUACAACACAAUUACUGUCAACGGUGCUGUUACCACCGCUUCUGCAAGUGAGAAGACCGUCACAGUUACUGAUGUGGUCACCAACUUCGUCACUGCCACAUUCUCUGCAUUGACUCCUUUCAAAGCCCCGGCCAUCAAGGCUCUUGCGCUUUCUUCUGGAUCAUCUUGCGCUGCCAUCAAGACCAGCAUUGUCUACCUGCCCGCUAGCGCAUCGCCAACGCUUGUCAACGGAGGAUCUUCUGCCAGCAAAGUGGCUUCUUCGUCCUCCAAGGCUACCAGCCAAACCACAGUCAGGUAUGUGUCUCAGUCCGCUUCGAAGUCCAGUUCCUCCUCCAUCAAAAAGACGAGCACCUCUUCCAAAAAGACGAGCACCUCUGCCGUAGUCCUUCCUGUUUCCACGAAGAAGUCAAGCAGCACUGUCAAAUCAUCAAGCACAUCAACUAAGAAAACAAGCACAACUCUUGUCAAGGCUAGCACAUCAUCCAUCAAGAAGACAUCCAGCACUUCCUCUGCCAAACAAGCAAGCACCUCUUCUGUCAAGAAGAUUACUUCGUCCUCUGUCAAGCCUGUUUCUUCUUCUUCGAAGCUUAUCACUCUUUCUUCUGUGGUUCAAAAGGGUGCCACUACUAAGACUCUUGUCAGCACUUCGACGAUCAUCCCUUUCGUGUCUAGCUCCAGCUACAAGGCAUCAUCGUCGGUCAAGCCCUCGAGUCAGAGUGCUGCAAGCUCUGUAAAGGCUAGCUCAUCUGGCUGUGCUACUGUAGCUGCUCCUGCCUCGACUCAGACUGGCAUUGUCUCUGGUUGCACGAAGUGGUACACUGCCAAGUCCGGCGAUUACUGUUACGCAAUCGCUUCUGCCAAUGGUAUCUCCACUGACACCUUCAUGUCUUGGAACCCUGCUGUCAACGCGCCCUCUUGCGACAGCAUCUGGGUUGGCUAUGCAUACUGUGUCGCUGCAGGCUGCAGCUCCAGCAGCCCCUCCUCGGCCGCGAAAUCUGCCACCGCAUCAACCAAAUCAUCUGUUCCAGCUUCGGCCGCCAGCACUUCCACAAAGACUUCGGCAUCCACCUCCGCCGCAACCUCGACCUCCAUCUCUUCAAGCUCAUACACAAUGUACACCGGCGAUGGCAGCACCUCAGCCGGCUGGCCCGCUCAAUCCGCCUGGAUGGACUUUGACAGCAUGUUCAGCGCCAACAUCCCCAUCAUGCAACAAUCCUGCGCCAACAACGGCUGGGGAUCCAACAACUCACCCACCGAAAUCGCAGACAUCAAAGCCGCCAUCAAGAAAGUGUCUGCCUCUUCCGGCGUAGACGCACGCUUCAUCCUCGCCAUCGUCAUGCAAGAAAGCAACGGCUGUGUCCGCGUCGUCACAACAUCCUGGUCCGUCCAAAACCCCGGCCUCAUGCAAGACCACGCCGGCAAUGGCACAUGCAACUCUGGCGGUGUGAUUCAGGACCCGUGUCCUGCGUCUGAAAUCGAGCAAAUGAUUGUCGAUGGCACGACUGGCACGACCUCUGGUGAUGGGUUGGUGCAAUGUCUUUCCCAAGCUGCUGCUACUGAUGUCAGUAAAUACUACCGCGCCGCUAGAAUUUACAAUGGUGGUUAUGCUGGCUGGAAUCAGGCGGAUUUGGGUAAAGGGUGUUGUACACUUUGCUAUGCGUCUGAUGUUGCUAAUAGACUUACUGGGUGGAGCUCUGGUGUUAGUGGAUGUCAUUUGAGCUGA